GUGGACGACGAGGAGUCGGCGGAGGAGGCCCGCGAGGAGACGCCCGAGGACCGAGAGAUCCGCAGGGAGCUGGAGAAGAAAAGGGAGAUCGACGUCCUCUGGACCUUGAAGUCGGGUGCGUCUACGGAAAGCUCUGCCGACGAGCUGUUUGUGUGCUCUAAAUUUAUAGUAGCGAUAGGACAUAACGCUGCAGCUUUCCUGUCUUCUUUUAUUCUGGAUUCUGUAUGUUGGGAAGUAGUUGGAGUUGCGAAGCUGUGGAAUGAGUGGUGUCGAACAUCCAACACAACAAAUGUCCUCCCGACAGAUUCUUUCUGUUUGUUUUACCGAUUAAUAUCAGAUCCGACAGUUUUGUUGUGCCAGUGUAGUUGCUACAUUGCUGAGGAUCAACAGUUCCAGUGGCUUGAAAAGGUUUUUGGCUGUAUGCGAAAGGAAGACUUGCAAGUAACCAUUCUUUCAACGUGUCCUGUAGCUGAUUAUAAAACUCAGGAAUCCACUUUAACGCUUCCAUCUCCAUUUCUGAAAGCCUUGAAGACAAAAGAAUUCAAAGAGGAGGUCUGCUGCCCACUGCUGGAACAACCUAACAUUGUGCGAGAUCUUCCUGCUGCUGUUUUGAGUUAUUGUCAAGUAUGGCAGAUUCCUGCAGUGUUGUAUCAGUGCUACACUGAUGUCAUCAAACUGGACACGGUUACAAUUGAAGCGUUCAAGCCUCUGCUUUCUUCUAAAAUCCUAAAGAGUUUAGUCAAGGAUGUAUCUGAAAGCACAAAGAUUUUGAAGAAGUUACUGACAACCAAUGAAACUCACAAUAAUAUCUAUAUCUAACGAGGACAUUUAUGACGCAGACUGCACUUUCGUAAACUCCAGUUUCUUCUGUAGAGAACAUUUUGGAAUUGUAGUUGUCUCCUUAAAAGAGGAAUAAAUUCCAGUGGAUUU